CAAGAGCUCCAGCCAAUAAAAGCCAACUUCGGAAUCAAUCUAAUCCAGCCAGUGCACGCGGCGGUGUACCGGUGGCAGAUGAGCUACUUGCCGCGGCCCCCGCCCGUCAACAUGCUGCGCGUGACGGGCCGGCCCGAGCACGCGGCCCAGCGGCGGCCCUGGGGAUACGGAGACGACCUGGACGAAGCGGCGCUGCCCACGUCCAUAAAGGCCGCAGCGGACCGACUGCGCGCGCUGCCCGGGCUGCGGCUGGGGCGUCUGCGCGACGUGACCAUCAACUACCGCCACUCGGGGUUCCUGCGGCUGGACCCACACCUGGACCCGGAGGGUGACGGCGAGAACGUGUUUGUGCUGUCUGUGGACGCGCCCUCGGUGCUCACACUCAGCCCCGUCCGCUGGUACCGCCUCACGCGGCUGCUGGGCUGGCUGGGGGCCGACGAGCGGGAGCAGGUGCAGCGCGAGUCGGAGCGGGACUCCUGGACGCGCCACGACAUCGACGUCCUGGUCCCGCCCGGGGCGGCCCUGCACAUCAGCGGCGACGCGCGCUGGAAGUGGAUGCACGGCACACGGCUGGGUGUGGCGCCUGCGGGCGCGAGCGGCGGCGAGGCGCGUGCGCGGGUGUCGGAGGAGGCGAACCGGCUGGCCGGGUAUGCCAGUGCGAGUGACAUGAAGCGUGCCGAGGCUUCGGGGACAGGACUCGGGGCCGGGGUGAAGGCGGAGGCGGCGGGAGCGGGAGCGGGAAGCACGGUGGCAGCAAGGUCAAAGGGCGGGUGGUUCGGCCGAUCCUCGGCGGCGUUGGCGCCGGUGCAGCCGGCGCACGCGCCGAGCAAGGCCGCACCGGCGCCUGCUGCGCAGCCGACAGGGGGCCUGUUGCACUGGUUCGGCCGGCCUGACGAGCUGUUCGGCCCCACGCCCGAACGGCACAGCGUGGUGUUCGCCUUCGCGGCGCCAGACGACUGAGGAAUGGGGGCCGUUGCCGGGAGACGACGUGGCAUGGGCGCAGCCCACUUUUCCCUUGAGAGGUUGUGAAGUUUUCAUUAUUGCGGUACGCCUGCAUGAACAUAGCACGGUGUGUAAGGUGCCGAUGCAAACCUGUACUACACAGGUCGGGGUUAACUCAUGGCUGUGAAUUCAUCGUGGACGGAUGCACACAGGAUGCACCGGGGGCAUGCGGUUGUGGGGAGCGUGGUGAGCGGGUACGGUGGAGGCUUCAAGGCCUUGCCAUGGGCCAUUGAAGUAUUGUUUGACAUUGAUGACUGCUAUUGAAUCCUUUAGUUGAAUGCGGCAUGCUGCUGUUGUGAGGUGGGCAUUUCAUUUGUGGGGCAAGUGGAAAGCCAGCCGUCCUGGUGCCAAGUGCUCCACUGUGUGCGAGUGGAGAGACAGACCCAGAUAGACCCAUGAGUGUCUGGCGUGGUAGAGUCGUACGUUUUUAGGGCGCAUGCAUGCUGCAAUGAAUGGGUACCAUGUGCGAUGUUUCGCUGUGAGAGUGCUAGAGGCCGCCGUAAGGCGAGAGCUGGCGUGGCCUUGCGCAGGAAUCCCGUCCGUGCAGGCCAUGCCAGGUUGAGUGUGAUUUGUGAUGCCGACUUGCCGAGGGGUAUGAGUGCGGCAAGCAAGGCAGGCAUCAAUCCCUCAGACAUGGUGCAGCAGAAUGCGAGGGCGUUAGCGAGUAGAAGUGAGCUAGGGGUGCACGCACGGGGUGCACGCCCGGGGUAGGCUUUCGCCACCUGGCUACCAACGUCGUUUCUUGGUGCUUGGUCACUGCAGCCAGGGCGUGGAAAUGGUGCGGACGCAGGGCAUGAAGAGUUUCCAAAUAUACAAGGUACCCUUGGAUUGCAUGGCUACGGCUGCGAGAGGCGAUGUGAGCAGCCUGCCUAGGGGGGAGGUGGAGCGCGUCUAGGCACACGUUCUGGCACUGCUGAUUUUAAGCGUGCCCGUUUCGGGCGCGAGAACACUAUACACUUGUGCAACAUACAUUGUCAACUUCACUGUACAUUGUAACAACGCGCAAGC